CAGCAAUGCACAAGAAAAUUCUACAACAAAUUUUAUGUGAAAAGAAAUUCAGAGAAGUGUAGAAAUAAAAUAUGAAAUUUUUUUAUGGGAGGUCAUGUGGCUGCCCAGCUGAACCACAUAUCCUAGUUUCUGCCUUAUCAUCCCUUCCCAUUUUGAUGAAUAAGCUAAAGGAGAUUAACCACAGGGCUUAGUUUUAUCCAUUAAUCUAUGAUUUCUUUGUUGAGACAAAAUCAUUGAGUUUCUAUCACAAAGUACACCUAAUGAACCCCAUAGCAUUGAGUAAUUUGGUUGAAACUAGGCUUAUGGACCACAAUAAUUAUUAAUUUAUUUUAAAAUGUGAUUCCACUUCCGAUUAUAAAUAGAAUGAAUUAAGGUUCCCAUAGGAACUCAAAAGGAGGCAACCAUUAGUUCACAUCAUGCCUAUUGUUAAAUGGAUCUGGUACUUGUAUCAAAAUUUUGAAGAAGAAGCUUUCUUCAUAAGGCUGUCCCAAGCAAAAAGCAAAAUGAAGAUCAUUCAAUACUACCCACAGAAGCUUCAAUCACUUAGCUGUUCUUCCCCUAUUGCCAAGAAAACCACUAGCUAGCUCCUUCAGCACCAUCAACACCCCCACUACACUCUCUAUCUCUACCUUAAACAAUAUAGCUAGAAUAUUAAUGUUCUCUUGCCACCUUAAAAUACAGCCUCUUACCUAACUUCACACUCACUUCCCAUCUCACCCACUCAAUAAAAACCCAAUUCCUAGCAGCAUAACCUACAGCAUACUAAAAGCAAGUCCGCAAAAAUGUUGAAGCAGCUUCUCUCAACGUUCCCACUUCUACUGAUCUUCCUCUGCUGCCCCACAGUUUUUGCUCAGUCUCCAGCACAAGCUCCAGGUGCUCAGUCUCCACUCCCAGCAGCACAACCUCCAGUUGCUCAGUCUCCACUCCCAGCAGCACAAGCCCCAGUUGCUCAGUCUCUGGCACCAACUACAGCACCAUCAGGUCCACCCAACAUCACUGCAAUCCUUGAGAAGGCCCGUCACUUCACUACACUGAUUAGGGUACUAAAGAGUACCAAGUUGGAUGAUGAAAUUACCAUAAAGCUCAAUGACUCAAGUCAAAGCCUAACCAUGUUUGCCCCAACUGAUAAUGCCUUUGGUAAGCUCAAAAAAGGUAUUCUAAACUCAUAUACUGAUCAGCAAAAGUUUCAGCUGAUAAAAUUCCAUCUCAUCCCUUCUUUCCUUUCACUCCCUGCAUUCCAAACCGUGAGUAAUCCAAUGAACACAGAGGCCGGUAGUAAUGAUCAGUACCCGAUUAAUAUAACCACUGUGGGAAAUCAGGUGAACAUAUCAACUGGGAUCGUUAACACAACAAUAUCCGGCACAAUUUAUUCUGAUAACCAGCUAGCGGUAUAUCAGGUGGACAAGGUGCUCCUUCCAUUAUAUUUUUUUGUAACUCCAUCCCCAUCACCAGCUCCUACACCAUCAAAGCCUGAGAAAAAGGCUCCAUCUCCUUCAGGUUCAGAGUCAGUACCCACUACUGACAAUGUUGCCAUUACAGCUUCCAGUGCAAUGCGUGUGAUUCACCAUGCACUCAAUGCAAUGAUCUUUGCAGGUUUUCUUAUUGCAGCAUUGUCCUUAUGUAUUUGAGUUGAGAGCUGGAUGAUGUUGAUUCUGUUCUGUGUACCAGUAGUAUAUUAUGUUUACACUUAAAUCAAAUAUUUCUUUUUGAGUAAACUCUCUCUUUCCAAAACCACAGGCAGACUGAGAGCAAUUGGGUUGGCUAAUCUAUAAUAUGGGCAGCUUCUGUUCAUGUUACACAACUCCACAUAGCUCUGUCCGAUUGCUAACUGACCAAAAACACUCAAUCACUUGGCAACUGAAUUAUUCCAGAACUAGAUCCUAUUAUUCUUAUUGAAAUUUGUAGAGAAAAUUUUGCUUACUCCCUACAAAAUUAAGGACCUUUCCAACAUAACAGAAAUGCAAUAUUUCAAAUUAAUGAAUCAGAACUCAUAUAAUAAUUAUCCAAUUGUGCAUGAUUCCUACCAUAACUUUGCAGACAAAAAUCUUUAAACUAAAUGAUCCAACUACAAAUACAUAAAAUAGCAGAAAUCUCAGCAAUAUCUAGGUCAGCUCAAAAGAGUUGACCAAAAUAUUCCGAAUUCAUAAAUCAUUAUUGUAUAAAGAAAAGCCAAAACUGAACCACAAAUGGAAAAUGCUAUGAAAGAAUAUAGAAACCAUAACAACUCCAUCUUGAAGAAGUUGCCACGGCUCUGAUCAUCUCUGUGUGCUUGGAUAUGGCUGGCAAUGGUGCUAAAAGUGGCAUUGGGUAAUUACGCUUAUGGGGUCAUUUGUUAAUUGGGUUUUUUGAAAAUCGAAGUGGGUUUGGGGUUGAAAGAGAUGGGUACAACUUACCACAAAAAGGAGAGAGAUGGGAAAUCUAAACUGCGUAAAUCUCACUCAAACCUACAAAUUGAAUAGAGAGCGAUGGAAAAUUUUAUAUAAAAAAAAUAGGGAGACUUCUGUGUCUUGUUGACUCAAUUGGGACACUGUACACAAUGGAAGAAUUGAAUUGCACAAAAACUAACUGAAGGUUUCAUUUUCUAUAGUCACACUAGUUGGAAUUGGUCAUGAAAUGCUGCUAGCUAGGUGUCUCAGAGUUUCUUAUUGGGAGCAUUACAAUUUCUAAUUCAAGUUAAAUUUAAAAGAGUUCCAAUUGGAGGUAUUAAGGCCAUGUUUGGUUGUGUUUUCAUUAUGUUUUCUGCUUUCAAUUUCAAGAAGAUAUUUUGUAUCAGUUCCUAUGAUCCAGAUAAGUGACUCAUACAUAAUACGGACAAUAUCAACAUGUAGUAUGAAAGAACAAAAAGAGUUAAUCCUAAUUAAGACUUAAUUCGAGACUUCCAUUAAUUAAAAGAUAAUUAAGGAGCUUUUUUUAAUUAAAAGUUAAUUGUGAUAAAAUCUACGGAUAUUGGAUAGAGGUCCUAUAUAAUGUGGUUAUAAAACAUUAAGUCCCACCUAAUAUUUUUUAAUGUGAGAAGUCCUGCGUCCAGCUAAAAGACAAAAUACUCAUCAUUAUAUUGCAGUAAUGCAAACACAGACCAACAUAAAUUCCCUCCCAGUUCAACAAUGGCCUUAAAAACAUUAAAAUUCCUCUCCGACAAUAGUUUGCCUCCAAAUGUCAACCUUAGCUCCCGCUUCCUCACUUGCAACAAUAUAGCCCACCAUGUCACACUCAGUGCCGCUAAGUAGGACUUCAAGAAAGUGACGAUCACUGAGGUGAUUGAGAUACAAGUUAAAACCAUUCUUUAACGGGGAAGAGCACACCAAAUCUGAAAUUAGAUUGCCAACAUGCCAUUGGUGAACAUAGAGCACAUGACCUAGACGUGGAGGGCAUUUUUGCCUGAAGGUGAGGACUAAUAUAUUGAGACUCUGAAUAUUUCCAUGAGUUCAAAAUUGGGUGGCAGUGAAGAUCUUGACAGACAAAAACAAAAAAUAUCGAUUUUAAAAGAAAAAAAAAAUGUAUAGAAUGAAAGUUAUCAUAUUUAAGUUUGAAACAAAGAAAAAAAAAAUUACCAUCUGACAUGCAAACACUCUACUAACCGCCACUUACAUUGAUGAACACAUUUAAAUCAAGUGUAAAACUGUCCAAAAAAUGGCGAUUUACAAGAAGGACUUAACCUCCCAAGCAGUUUUUGCUAUGGAGCUUUGUGUGUUAAGGAACUUAUUUUAGGACUUAUCCUUGUAUAAGUUCAUAUGGAGGGACUUUACACUCAUUAUUCCUAAAAUCUAUUCCACAAAAACAUGGAAGACCAGUCCUGCAGGAUAAGGUAGUUGAUGUAUAUAUAUGGAAGUGCUCUUAUAGCAGUUAGCACUCUAGUAACAGUCUUCUCACUCUCCUUUUCUCUCUAAAAUUCUAGUGAAUGCUUACACAUUUGCUUUCUCAAAGCUUGAAUGCCGAAUUAGAUUUGUGUUUUAAGUAUUCUUCCAAGUUCCAACUAUCUUAAUGGAAGAUUGUUGUAUUUUGCAUAUAUUA